ACGCGUUUCAUUUUUUUCUUGAUUCGUAAAAUUUUAUAUCCCGUACCCCGUAGCUCAACCGUAGCUGUUAAUUGACCAUCACUCUAUUCACUUUCGCCAUGAGUGGAGUUGAUUACGUCGUUUAGUAUCUUUUCAGAAGCAUUUCGGUGUAUCAAUUAUAGUUGAUAGUUUCGUAGUUUUAAAAUUAUUCGUAAUGAAGUGUUUGGUGAUCAUUUUAUCAUGUUUGGUUGGUGUUCUUCUCACGGCUACCAUUGGCGAGAAGGAGGAUUUUCUCGUCGAUCCACAUUACACAAAAUUCGACGAUAUGAUCUCAAUAUUACGCGGCCUACAGCAGUUGCAUCCUGAUUUAGUGAAGGUGCAUACGAUCGGAAAAUCCAGCCGUCAAAGAGAUCUCUUAGCUAUAGAAAUAACCAACGGAGUAGAAAAUCGUACACCUUUGAAACCUAUGUUCAAAUAUGUGGCCAAUAUGCACGGCGAUGAAGUAGUAGGAUAUCAGUUGAUGAUCUUCUUGGCUCAGUAUCUAGUCAACAAUUAUGGACUUGUGGAUCGAGUCACCAAACUCGUAAAUACUACCGAUAUUUACCUUAUGCCAUCAAUGAAUCCGGAUGGUUUUAAUGAAGCUCAUGAAGGGUUAUGCGAUACUUAUGAUAAUGUUGGAAGAGGAAAUGCUCUUCAUAAAGAUUUAAACCGAGACUUCCCCGAUGAACUUGCGCCUCCUCGUCCUACCAGUUUUUCAACUCGUCAGCCAGAAACUCAAUACAUGAUGAAAUGGAUCGUGAACAACCCUUUCGUUUUAUCUGGUAAUCUUCAUGGCGGAGCUAUCGUCGCCAGUUACCCUUUCGAUCGAUCAAAUUCUUCGAUACAUUUACGCCCACCUGCGAGCAGUACGUCUCCGGAUGAAGAAGUUUUCCAAUAUUUAGCCUUGACUUACUCCCUGAAUCAUCCAGAAAUGAGAAAUGGUAAAAAAUGUAAAGGAGAUGAUCCCGCAUUCCCUCAUGGUAUUACUAAUGGAGCAGCAUGGUAUGAGUUGACCGGAGGCAUGCAGGAUUACAAUUACUUCCAUUCGAAUUGUUUCGAAAUCACAUUGGAGUUGAGUUGUUGCAAAUAUCCGCCUCAUGAAGAUUUACCAGAUUAUUGGAAAAAUAAUAAAGAAUCCCUCUUGGCUUAUAUCGAAGCUUCACAUAUGGGAAUCAAAGGCUUUGUUGCUGAUAAAAGUGGUUAUUUCAUUCCGAAAGCGACGGUAAUUGUGGAAGGUAUAAAUCACAACGUAUCUACGAACGAGAAAGGAGAAUAUUGGCGUCUUUUAGUCAACGGAACUUACAACGUAUACGCCGUAGCUCCUGGUUACCAUCCUACGCCGAAACGUUCCAUCACCGUCGAAAAUCAGAAACUUCGAGCUAAAGUGGUAAAUUUCACUUUAACGAAAAUCCUCGAGAGUCCCCCAGGACUGGAAGUGAAUACAGAGCUGUCACCCAUUGACCAAUAUGGCUUCCUUGUGCCGAUUGAAUUCAAGUACCAUUCUUACGAAGAAAUGGAAAAAUUGUUGCUUGUCUUGGAGAACAGUUACCCCAAUAUUACUCGUUUGUAUUCGAUUGGUAAAAGUGUAGAAGGUAGGAAGCUUCUAGUUUUGGAAAUCUCGGAUCAUCCAGGACAUCAUGAACCAGGUGAACCUGAAUUCAAGUAUAUUGCCAAUAUGCACGGUGAUGAGGCAGUUGGACGAGAAUUACUUAUAUACCUAGCUGAAUAUCUGUGCCAAAAUUAUGGCACUGAUGAUAGAAUCACUCGUCUAGUCAAUACCACUAGGAUUCAUCUGAUGCCGUCUUUGAAUCCGGAUGGUUUUGAAAAAUCCACCGAAGGUGAUUGCGAUGGACAUGGAAAUCGAACUAGAACAAAUGCUCAUGAUGUUGAUAUCAAUAGAAAUUUCCCAGAUCGGUUUAGGAAAAUUCAGGAAAAAUUGGAACCAGAAACUGAAGCUGUUAUUGGAUGGCUGAAGAAAUAUCCAUUUGUUUUAAGCGCCAAUAUCCACGGAGGAGCUUUAGUAGCCAAUUAUCCUUACGACGAAAAUGCUCCUGGAGAAGGAAAUGGACCAAAUUAUACUCCUGAUAACAAAGUGUUCCAAAUGCUAUCUCGUUCUUACGCUGAUGUUCAUCCUCGGAUGGAAAAAGAAUUAUGUUACAGAAAAGACGGAAAUACAUUCGAUCACGGUAUCGUAAACGGUGCCAAAUGGUAUUCGGUUGAAGGAGGUAUGCAAGAUUAUAAUUACAUCAAUACCAAUUGUAUGGAGAUUACUUUAGAAGUCAGUUGCUGUAAAUAUCCGAAUAGAACCAAACUACCCGGAUUUUGGAAAGAUAAUCGCGAAUCUUUGAUGAAAUACAUGGAACAAGUCCAUCGAGGAGUAUCAGGAUUCGUAUUCGAUUCCAUAGGUGAUCCCAUACCUGACGUUAGUGUUAAAGUCAAAGAUAACGAUCACGUUGUGAAAACAGCCGAAAAUGGAGACUAUUGGAGGAUAUUAACGCCCGGCAAAUACUUCAUAUCUUACACCAAAGAAGGAUUCGAAACUGACUCAAGAAUGGUCACCGUUAGCGACGAAACAAUCUCAGUCAUCGUAAAUGUAACUUUAACCGUAGCUAAUUCGUUACAUAUAUCGCAACAAAACGCCAACAAUCACACCCAACCUGCUAAAGUAUCGGAUGAUAAUUUACCUAGCGAAGGUACAAUGACCCAAGUGAACCAGGGUCCUACCCAUAUGGUAUUACAUCCUGGCGAAUACGUUCCUACGAUUUCGAACGAAAAACUACCCAGUUACACUUCCAAAGAUGGAUUUUACAUGCUAUUCGAAAGUAAAGAAAGAGGAUUAUCCGUCGCUAUGGAACAAUUCACUUAUAAAGCUGAUACCGGAUCCACUCGAGAUGAUAUCACUUCUUUGAGAAUAUCGAAAGUGGUCGGUGAACCGGAAGAAGCGAAAUUCCGUAUUGGUGUUUUCGGUGGUCUUUACGCUACCGAGCCUCAAACCAGAGAAUUCUUAUCAGUUAUUUUGGGUGACUUGGAACAUCAGUACAUGUAUAAGAAUAAAAAAGCACUAGAAGUAUUAUCGUCAUCGGUUAUAGAACUUAUUCCCUUGUUUGAUCAUAAACUUGAUCCGACCAAGACGCAAAAAGAUUGCUAUACAACUAGUCCGGGAGAGUUUCCUGCGCCUUUAUUGAUCGCUACUGAUCGUCGUAAUGAAAAUAUUGUCGCUAGAAUGAUGUGGAAUAUUGUUCAAACCAGGCAUUUCGAUUUGGUGGUGAUUUUAGAAGGCGGAGGAUAUUUGUUGAGAACGCCGAAAGAAAACUCAACGAAACAUUACAUCUCAUCUUCGUUUUAUUCGUCGUUAACCAAAAACUCUCAUAUUCAAAAUUUAACUUCAAAUCUGUGCCCUCAAAGUCAAGAUGUAAGGAUCACCGAUCUGAAGCAAAACGUUCUAGAUAAAUUUCAAAAUAUACUGCUAACUAAGGCUGUUAGCUUUGGUGUCUCCUGUUGUAAUUACGUUAAGCCAUCACAGUACGAAGUAGAAACUCGCCAAGCAUUGAAUGCAUUUAGAGAAUUACUCGCUUCGUCGGUGCAAGGUAUUCGAGGAAGAGUUCAGAACCAUAUUAAUUUACCAUUGCGAAACGCUCAAGUAACUGUCAAAGGAUUCGAUGAUUUGAUCAAAGUGUCCGGUAACGAUGCUGUAUUUAAAAUUAACCUUCCUCCAGGAACAUAUCAACUCCAAGUUUCCAACUUUUUGUACGAUAACUAUAAUGUUAACGUUACUGUCAACGCUCACGAAAUAACCUAUCUUAAUGUUACUCUGACGACGAAAAAUCUCUCACUUCCGAGUAAAACUCAGAUCACCGGAUAUAUAUUCGAUAUGAAUAAUCUCGGAAUUAAAAAUGCCGAAGUUAUCGUUAAAGGAAUUACUGAAACGAAGACUCGCGACGAUGGAUCGUACACGUUGGAAUUAUCACCUGGUUACUACGAAAUACAAGCUGUUCGAGAAGGAUAUUCUCAAAUUUUGAAAAAUGUCAGAGUACAAUCUGGAUCACAAAAAUUAAUGUUCCAGUUGAGCAAGAAUACUCACAUAAUGCAACUUCCCAGACCGUUGUUUUUACUAGCUGCAGGUGUUUUCGGUAUUAUAUUCAUCGGCUGUGUUCUAUACAUGUAUACGAGUUACUGUGGCAAAGACAGUUAUAGCGAUGGCGUUAAAUUUAAACCCCUUUCGCAAAAAGACAGCGUUUUGUUACUUGAUGACGAUGAUAAAGAAUUGUUUGGAGAGCAAGUGCAUCCCGCAGUUGUGCAGCCGUAUUAUGACGAUAGCGAUAUUAGUUACGAAAGUGACUCAUCCGAAGAUAUAAUUAUGAUACAAAAACCAAGCGCUGAUGAAUUUCUCCCAAGAUAGUGGUAUCAUUUACAUAUAAUUGAAAGGCCUCGCCUGAAAAAGGUACGAUAUCCUAAACAUUCUUUCGUUUUUUAUGAAUUUUCAUAACUUGUAUUUAUUUCCUAACUUGAUAUUUUGUAAUGUGUGUGUGUGUGUGUACUGAGUACAUUGUAUAAGGUUAGAGCUCAAUUAUAGGUUACUUUUUCAGAAACGAAACUAAGUUUAAUGUCGAAGGAAGAAAAUGCAGUAGUUUGUUAGGAAUGAGCUAAAAACGAACUCGUUUUUUAAAAUCCAGUUGUACAUACAGCGAGUGUAAAAAAAACGUCGGUGUAAUUUUUAAAAAAGCCAAGGAUUGAGAAAAAAGGUCGAAAUUUAGAGAAAUUUUAAUUAUUGCAUUUUUACUUUCGAUUAUUGGUCCAACUGAACUUUAACUGUUUAACCUGGUGAAGCAACGAUAGAAGGAUGUAGGUAAUCUAGAGAGGAAUUUAUUUCGCUGCUUAAAGAUUACUCAUUCGACUCGUAGGGCUAUUAUUUUCACUGGCUCAUUUUAGAAACUUGAGUCAUCAUUGAGCUCUAAUCUUACGUGUUUUUGGAUGUUACCAGUUUAGUGAAAUUGUUUUCUAUUAUUUAUGUAUUAAUUCAUUUCCGAGUUUUGAUAACUUGAUAAGACUUAAUUAAGUGAGCACGUUACAUGCAUGUUGAGCUUAAAUGAAAAUGAUAUCAUUAAAUUACAUGUAUCGCACCUUUGGUUAGAGUAUGCAGAUUACACUUGAAAAAAAUCAAGUUCUCUAAUUUCAUAAUUUUGAUGGUCUGAUUUACAUACAUUUGAAUACUUAAAUAAGUAAAUGAAAGUAACGAAAUUUUUUCAAGUGUUUCUCCAAUUGUUUCAAAAGUGCGACAUUAUACUUUGGCUUUAAUUAUAAUUUAAUCGCAAUUAAUACCUACUUUUACACGGAAUCGAUGCAUUUAAGCAUUUAUCAUGUUUCCACAUACCUAAUUUUGUACUUUUUUUGUGCUACAUAUCAAAUACCUAUUUUAAGUCUCGCCCUCCUUCUCCAAGAACUCCCUUUACUCCUUAAGUACUAAAUUUACAUUUUUUUCCAAAGAAUAAGUAUCUUUAAAACAAACAUCACGAUUGUUGUGCGUCGUAAAAAUAGGAUUUGUUUGGUUUUUUCUUUUUUUUUCGGUAAACGUUGUAAUAUCCUAAUGAUCCGUAUUUAACAAACCAGUUUCUUGUUAAUGCAAACCUAUUAACGAUUUUAUCACUUUUAGUAUAAUUAUACCUUGUCAUUAAUCUGGCAUUAAUGCGUUAAUUAUUUCGGUUUAGCUGAAAAUUUAACUAUUGGAUUUUUAUUAACGAUCGAAAUAAAUCGAAAAUCUACAGAAAAGUAUUACUAAAGGUUGGCUACGAGCUGUUUAUGGUGGAAUUGAAUAAAUAACAAUGUGUAUUUUAUACCAUAAUCUGUAUAUUGUUUUGAUUUUUGUUGUCUUACGUGUUCGUGUGUUUUUACAGUAAUUUUUCGUUAAUAGUAAUUUAACUGUGAUAAUCUUAUUGAUAAAAAUCAUCCCAUUGUAUUAUGAUUAUUUGAUCGAUUUGUAUUAUAAAUGUGAAAUAUAAUGACGUGAAUUUUUU